AUGGACAAUGGGCAUGCUUCUGAUUGUCCGGACAGCCCCGCCAAUGAGAGCACAGCCGCACCGAGCGACAAUCCACCUCCAAAUGCUCAUGAGCAGGCAGACUCGCCGGUGUCUUUGACCGCUUCGACUCGACGAUUGGGCUCUUCCCCGUCACCGGAGCAGGACUUGCGUGACUCGCAGGUCAGUUCAGGUUGGCUGGGAAAAUUCUACGGAGCAUAUGGGGGCGACAACCCGCGCUGCAGGUUGGCUGACCCUGGCAUCGACGGGGAUAGCGACGGCGUCAGUGCUUCGGAUGAUGAGCUUGAAACCAACGAGGCGCCUGCCGGUGACCCAAAUUUCCAAGAGAUUUUGGAUGUGAUCCGAGCUGUAUUGCAGAGCAAUGGUCUCUUUGGCGAGCACCCCAUGAUGGAUGAGUAUUUGAAGCAUUGUCAGAACGCUCUGACCAAGUAUGGUCACUGUAUCGGUGACACGCUGGCCAGCCGGAAGCACUUCCACGAGUGGAUUUACACCCAGAAAGCCGAGGAUUCUCCUCCAUCGGCUGAAGGGUCCAACCAGAAGGUCCAGGCUUCCAAUGGGCUCUCAAAGGCUUUGAAGAUCAUGGACGCGGCCGAACCUUCGGCUUGUGAGUUGGACGGGGAACCUACGGUCACCCCGGCAACCAAAAGGCCUCGCCUUGCUGACAGCGUGAAGAUGAAUCUAGAGAUCACACCACCACCUGUCGUCGAAAGGCAAUCUGUUAAAGCGAUGGCCAAAAUCAAGAAGGAGGAGAAGGCCGCCAAAGGCAACAAAGGGGGCCAGGUGUCUUCGGGAGAGCGGGCAACGACAUUCAAGGGCUACAGCCUUGAAGGUUUACCUCGUGAAGCACUCCCUUGGAAGGAUACGGAUUACAAAGGGAAACACAGCUACACCGUUUGCAUCGGUGAAGCAGCUUUGGAGAUCUUGUGCAAAGUGCAGGCCUAUGUGGUCAAGCGCGCAGUCCCUGGCUCUGAGAAGCCCGACGUCGCCCAAGUGUUGUGGAAGCGGCAUGGCGGGCCUCUCAAAGCGUGGGACGAAGCAAAGUCCCGCGCAGGGCUCUGA